AUGCAAGCAGCUGCAAUAGCAGCCAUGGCAGCCCACGCAAUCCUCACAGCCACUCCACCAACUCUUCACCCUCUUCUUUCCCCACUUCCCCCUAAUUAUUCCUCAUUCCAUGGCGUUUUCCUCAAGCUCCCACGCCAACCUUUUUCCUUGUCUCUUGCUACCAAGAAGCCACAACCUCUUUUUGUUGCUGCUGCUACCAAGAAAGCUGUUGCUGUCCUUAAAGGCACUUCUAAUGUUGAAGGCGUCGUCACUUUGUCCCAGGAAGACGAUGGUCCUACAACUGUGAAUGUUCGUAUUACUGGGCUUUCUCCAGGGCUUCAUGGUUUCCAUCUACAUGAAUAUGGGGACACAACAAAUGGAUGCAUGUCAACAGGAGCACAUUUUAAUCCUAACAACUUGACACAUGGUGCUCCUGAGGACAAAAUCCGUCAUGCGGGCGACCUGGGAAACGUAGUUGCUAAUGCUGAUGGGGUGGCAGAGGCAACAAUAGUGGAUAAUCAGAUACCACUGGAUGGUCCUAACACAGUGAUUGGAAGGGCACUCGUGGUCCAUGAGCUCGAGGAUGACCUUGGAAAGGGUGGGCAUGAACUCAGCUUAACCACUGGGAAUGCAGGUGGAAGAUUGGCAUGUGGAGCUAGGAGUUGUUGGUUUGACUCCAAUUUAAUGGUAGCUGAUGUUCGAAAUCUGUCUGGUGUCACCAUUUGCUGCUUGCCUUCACCGCUUUCUCAUACAGAGCCCGACGUUAAUUUUCCAGUGUGUAAUGUAAAAUUGUCAGGACAGCAGAUUAUUCCUGGAAAACUUAAUGUUCCAUGUUUAAAUCUAGAUGCCAUGUCGUCAUCUGCAUCAUGGUUUUAG